AUGACCACAGAAGAGAAUAAUCAUCCAAAAUCCUCUGUAACUGUCUCUGGAAGCCUCCAGGGCAACGCGGUGGGAUCCCCAGACGCAAGCAGCUUACCGCAACCCACGGGACUCCCCUCCAGCCUCACCCACGGGUCGCUGCCGGCCGCCGCUAGCCCUGCCGAGACGCUCCCCCCGCGCGGGGCCGUCCUGCCCGCAUCAGCCCCCUUCCCCCGCCGCCUCGCCUUGCCGGCCCCGCCGCCCCUUAUCCCCCCCCCCGGCCACUCACCGCCCGCCGGGCGCCCGAGCUGGCUGCGGCGUGCGGCCCGGGGGCGGGCCAGCGCGGAGACCGGCGGCGGGGCUGGGGCUGGCUCCGGCUCCGCCUGCCGCCCUGGCCCCGCCGCGGGGCUGCUCGCAAAGGGCGGGCGCAGGCGAGCGGGAAACGGGGGCGGCCCCUUCCCUCGCCCCCCUCCCCUCCCCACAGCCCCCGGGCCGCCCACCUGGCCGGGCGGCGGCCGGAAAGAGGCCCCGCUCCCCGCCCGCCGGGCAGCGUCCCCACCCGGGGGGCCUGUCUCCGGCAGCGGCCGAGCCCCGGCGCUCGGCAGCGGCUCAGCCCAGCCUCUCUCUCCCCCGGCGCCGGCCGUCCCGAGCCCCGGCCGCCUGCCUGCGGCAUCCAUGCGCCUCGGAAAGCCGCCCGCAAACCGGGCGGCGGCGGCUCUGCUUCUGCCAGGCUCACCCCCAUCGGAGGCUUGUAAGAGGCAGGCUGCCAUCCCUCUUGGAAGUGCGAUUAAUUCCUUGAAUGCUUUCACCGAGGACCACGCUGAUGUAUCGGAAUAG